AUAAUAAUGGCGCAUGUUGGAAGGGGAGAACACAGCAAGUAGACAGCACGUAAAAAUCAAGGAAUCGAGAUGUCUAACAAAGUAAAAACGGGGAUUUUUAUCGCAGGAUUUACAGCUUUUACCCUUGCAGCAUUAUAUCCCGUUGUUGUGUUUCCAAAACUACAUCCAGAAGUGUACAGUAAGUCACGGUAUUUUAUAGUAUUGGUAAUGUAAGCUUAGCUUCUUUGUUCCGGAAGUCGAUUAUCUAAUACAGCUUUCACAUUCGCUACCGAGCUUAAAACUUUUCAUCUUUCUUCAAAGAGCCAUAGCUCAUGAGCCUACCUUUCUAGCGGUUGAUUGAAAAAAAAUAUUUGAUAGGAAGGGGAACCCUAGCAGCGUAUUGGCCCUUCGAUAUACUGAGGCCCUCUGACAGGGUUUCGCUUGGCGGGGAUCCCCAUUGUUGAUUUUUUUUGCUGGGGGCGGCGGGUGGGUGUGAGGUUGUAACCUAAUCAAUAGAGACUUUACGAUCAUACAACAACAACGUAAUUGAAAAUGUCCUUGAAAUUAGACUUCAGAUCCUUUCAGAACUUUUUUGCAAGUUGUUAAAAUUCAUCUCCUUGCUGUUCCCGUUCAUUUCGUAGUUGUUCAGGGACAGCAACGAAGUUAACAAAAAGUGUGAUGCAUGUCCAUGUGCAGAGUUUAUUUGGCUUCCUAAACCCAGGGGCAUAGUGUAAGGUUUUGAAGGAAUAGGCAUGGAAGGAAAGGUUACCUUAUUAUAGGAAAUUAUCGAUGCACGUUGACAAUGCAAAGAUACCGUAAAAUUCCGAAAAUAAGCCCCUCGAUGUAUAAGCCCUUCCAAAUAUAAGCCCCCCAAAAUCGUAAUGCAAAAAACCCUCCAUAAAAUCGCCCCUCCGAAUAUAAGCCCCCCGGGGGGCAUGUACUUGGAAUUUGUCCUCGAAUACAAAGUAAAACAAAGCAAAAAUGGUAAAUUUCUUUCCCACUACAAGCCCCUCCAAAAAUAAGCCCCUCAAAAAGGGCCUUUGAAAAAUAUAAGCCCCGGGGCUUAUUUUCGGAAUUUUACGGUAAUCUGCGUUACACAAAAUUAAUGUGAAUUUUUUCCAAAAGUCAGGUUUACAUACUUAUCAAAUUAACUUGAAAUUUUCGAAAACAGUGUGCACUUAACUUUAUUUUAUGUGAAUUUGCUGCAAUACAAACUUUUCAACGUACAUAUCUAAAGGAAAAAACAGCAGCAUUUCCAUGAAGAAGAAAGAGUGAAGAACUUAGCUAUCCCUUUGGGGAAGUGGAUCAAUGUAAAGACCAGUCAGAGGACAUUUUGAACUCAAUUCUUAAAGAAUAAGUGUCAGAUAGUGACUCAGAGGCUAGAUAAAGGAACUAUGAGCAGAUGAGGUUUUGUUAUUGAAAUAUAGGUGCUGUAAAACUACAGUGAUUUAAAAUAGUGUGAUUUGAAUUAUCAUUGACAUAAAUUAAGAAUAAUUAAAUUCAUGCAAUUUUUUUAAAAUCACGUUAAUAAAGUUCAUCGUUAAUUUCCUAUAAUGAGGUAGACCUCCAAUGGUACUGCUAACUAGGGGGGUGUGGGGGCAUGCUCCCUCCAGAAGAAUUUCAAAUUUAGGGGCUCAGAAAUUGCCAUUUCCUGCAUUUUCUACAGGAGUUUUUCAGUAAAUAAAUAUGCGGAAAAGGCAAUAUUUCAUUGUUUAUUUUACAUUGCUAGUGUUAUCAGUAAGGUGAAAUGUUUACAGAAAAAAGGGCAAAACAGUGAUGCCCUCAAGAAGGUUACAAGUAGAGGGCAAGACAUCUGCCCUUCAGACAGGCAAAUGCACCAGAAUAAUGCGAAAGAUUUAUCAGUCAUCCUGAUCUAAUGAUAAAGAUGCUUUCAGGAAAUAAGGGAAAAAAUUUUUAUUGUAUUGACCCUAAGAUGGCCGCCUUAUCAUGUGGUUGCAAACCAAGAAUAGUCAAGUUUAGCCACCCUUUUAAUUUGCAAUUUCAUUGAGAAUUAAUAUGCUAUUCAUUUUUAAAGUCAGUUGCUCAAAACAUCUUUAACAUGCAGUGUAGGGCUAGAAAACAGCAUUGUUGUUGUAUAAUCGGCCCAGUGCACAAAAACCACACAGUCUUGAUAUUUUAAUUUGUUAUUUGUCAAUAACAAUCUAGUAAUAAUAUAGUGAUCAGUGAUCUGUCGUAUUAUCAGCCCAAAAAGUUACAACAAGUUAAAACCAUCUUAUAUAAGAUCUAAGUUAACUUGAUGAUGAUUCAUGUGGACAAGAAACUAACUAAAUCUUACAUAGCUUACGAAAGUCUUGCCAUCUUUAAGUCCAACCAGCUGGUUCAACCUGUCGAGUUCCAAAACUGGAGUUACAGGCUGUUAACCGGAUUUUGCCAUCUUUGAAAACACUGAAUAAAUAGCAGAAAAGCUUUCCCUUAGUUUUAGGCCAACAAUUAAACCCAGUCUUCGAAUCUGCCAAACUUUAGAUUGCCCAAAACUGGCAUUCUAUCUCAAACCUCAAACGGGGUGUUGUUAGCCUGACAUAGUGAACGUAACCAUAUGCACAGUAUAUAUAUAUAUAUAUAUAUAUAUAUAUAUAUAUAUUGGCUAGAGUGACUUCGGGUUGUCAUUCCAGACUUCCAGAAUGUCUGAUGCUUAAAUAUAACUAUUAAUUUCCUAAUUGCCAUGAUCCCAAUUUUCUUGCAACUCUCUGCUAAUCAUGCCAGCUACACAGGCAUUGAAACCUUAACUUCUUGUUGACUGCUAAAUAAUAUUUGAGUUGAAGAAGAACUAAACUUGAAUUCAAAUCUUUUGCAGAGGAAAUUCAGAAGGAAACAAGGAAAGAUAUUAAACAGGAAGAUAUACAGCCAGGAAGUGAGUAUCUUAGAUUUCAAAGGGACAUUCUUAGGGUUCUCAAUGUCUAUACCAUGAAACGAAUUACGGUCGUUUCGCCUACGGGUCGUUUCGCCUACGGUCUGUUCGCCUACGGUUAGAGUCGAUUCGCCUACGUCUCAUAUGUCAGUUCGCCUACGUAUUAAACUUCUGACGUUGCUGUUAAAAAUAUCAAAGUUCUCUAUUUCAGUCUUACUGGCAACGAGCAGGUCCAUUCAAGUGGGAACAGCAGCGGAGUAAUUGUGAAGCACUCUUAUUGCCUGUCUGGUACUGCUCCCAGGCGUCGUCGAAUAGUUUCUGUUGGAGUUGCCUGUACUUCCUUCUCUGUAUUCUCUUCAACUUCUUGUCUGAAACGAGCUUGAUUGUUAUUGACAUUAAGCGGGCUUCUCGAUGAAGAAGUUCGAUUAAGAGGUAAAACUGUAAUCUGCAUUGGCCACCGGCUCGGCGGUUCAGAGCGUUGUGUGAAACAACCCGUAGGCGAAACGACCGGAUACCCAUGAAACUGAACCAAACCUUAAAUACCGCGUUCGAAACUGCUAAGUUUAUAGUGUUGUCCAAAAAAGGAAAAAAAAUGUGUGCACUGCACAGAGUCUUUCCCACCUUGUCCAUCAUAGUAUUGAUAAGUUGCAGGUUUAUUCGGUAACUUAUUUUGCUGAUUGAAUUUCAGAUAUGAAGGUCUGGUCAGAUCCAUUUUCCAGAAAGUAAUACAAGCCAAGAGCUUGAAAGACUCCAGUCAACUCAAAAGCUGUUGAAAGAAAGGUGCCAGGAAGAACACAGAAUAAUAUAAAAUGAAUGAAGAUGGGAAAUAUGUGGACUUCUACAACAAAACUUUCAGCCUGUUCAAUGUUUCUUUUUUUACUCAAGAAAAAAGUCCCUCUUGUCUUCCACUUUGUCCCUUAACCCUGAAGUCUCCAUGGUGACCAACAUCAAUCAUCAUCAGAUCUGAUCUUUUAACAACUCUCUCAUUGAAAUUAUUCUUCAAGGACAUGUAUAGAGAUCUGUUUGGAGAAUAUUUAUUUGUAUAUUGGGGAUUAAAGGCGUGAUGUCUGGUUUCAUGAGAGUUCUGGUAUCUUUACUGGGCUGCCUGUGCGGCCCAGUCAUAAAAUGGGCUUUCGGUCGUCUGCGGCGAAAAACGGCCUCCCGGGGGAGGGAAGACACGAGGGUCUGGUACCGAGAAACGAUGUUCUCACAAAUGGUUUCAUAUGAUUUUCUCUUGCACGAACCCUUGCACGGAUACUUUUUGUACCUCGUCUGCGCUCCCCCUGAAAAACCCACAAAGCGUUGCGAACCUGAAGAAGGCUAUUUGC